CACUUUGCUUUGUUUUGCAGUUACAAUGCCUACCUUGGUUGGGAUAUGCAUUGGAAGUGCUUUCUUUGUCUUCACGCUAGCAGCAGUCACGUGCUACUGUUAUCGACGUAAAACGUUGCAGGUCGCUCACAAGCUGUGUUUCAUUUUCAAGAAAAACGUCCAGGAAAAACCUGUCGUGCUGCGAAAACCCACUGCCUUGAAAACACCCAGCAGCGGCCCCAGAGGUUUCAAAAAAAGCUCAAGCCCCACAAACCAAAAUACGCUUCCCUUUGAUAAGCCUUCUUCCAAUUCUCAGAACGUGGAUAGAGGAAAUACUGACAGUUUGAAGAAUCACUCAUCUAGUAGCCAUGAAUGUAAACAUUUGAUCCCAAAAUGUCACAUUAAAAACGAAAACGAAAAUCAUUGUUCUCAUGUUAAAAAAGAGAAAGAAAGAAAGGAAAGAGAGAAAAAAAUUAUAGAUGAAAAGGAUAGCAAGCUUGGCAAACUCCACUUUCGGUUGAAGUACGCGCCAGAAAAGCACUCCCUACUGGUCACCAUUGUUCAAUGCACGCAGCUGCCACCGAAAGACUUGAAUAGAGGGACAUCUGACCCUUACGUUAAGCUGUUGUUGCUUCCGGACAAACAGCACAAAGUGAAGACCAGAGUACUUCGAAAGACCUUACACCCUAAGUACGACGAGGAGUUCACGUUUUACGGCAUCACUCCCAACCAACUUGAGGCUACUACCCUGCACUUCGUGGUCCUUAGUUUUGACAGAUACUCCCGAGACGACAUCAUUGGGGAGGUGAUCUACUCCUUUCAGAACACAGACUUUGAAGACUUAGAAAAGGAAAUUACUCUCACAAAGGAAAUUGCUCCCCGGACACUAAAUCUUCGGUCACACGGACGGGGAGAAUUACAGGUGUCUCUGUGUUACCAACCUGCAGCUAGAAGACUGACAGUUGUGGUACUGAAAGCUAGAAACCUUCCGAAGGUGAACGUCACUGGAAUAAGUGAUCCCUAUGUAAAACUGUAUCUUCUAUACAAGAACCAGAGGAUUGCUAAGAAGAAGACACAUGUGAAGAAGCGCACAGUUAACCCAGUAUUUAACGAGUCCUUUGUUUUUAAUGUCCCUAAUGAUGGACUGGAAUGCAUUGGGCUGGAGUUCUUUGUUCUAGACUGGGAUUGUGUUACAAAGAACGAGGUGGUCGGGCGACUGGUUCUAGGAUCUCGGGUAGGAGGCGCUGCACAACAUCACUGGCACGAGGUUAGCAACUCCCCUCGAAGACAGAUAGCAGAGUGGCACAAACUUAGGGAAUGAAAGGUCGAUUCUCUUUAUAAGCCUUCAGUAGCAGCUUAACUUCUACGAGUUUGAGUUUAGAAAUGAAAAAAACAUGAAUUCAGUUAACAAUAUCUCUUAUUGAUCAUUCACGUUCAUACUUUGUAUAUUUUUACUAUAUUUAUUGAGUUUACUGCUGCAUAUUGAAAACAACCUUUUGUUUUGGAAUAAGGUUGACGGUUUCUCGCUUGAUUUAGAAGUGUUGAAAACAAGCCUUAUAUUGAUUUUCUUACAAUAAGAUGUUUUUCACCAAUGAAAGAAUUAGCCGUAUGUAUUGUAUUACUGUACAGUAUUCCAUAUAUAGUGUCGUUGUGUUGUGACAUAAUAAUUUUGUGAAAUUGUCUGAAAACCUUUAAUAGAAUUUAUUCAUAUGUGCCAUAAAUAUGUAAAAAAAGUAUGUUAACGAAGCAACAGCUUCUGUAUCCGUAUUUCACAGGGUGAACGUGAAUUUCUGUAGUUUUAUUUACAGAAAAAAAUAUCAAGUAGUCAGAGAUGGACUGAACUUAGAAGAGGAAGUGUAAUUAAGUCUGCUAAAUAACUGUUUGACUCUUCCUUCGAUUUAGAAUAAAACAUAAAAAUAGAGAAAGUAAUUGCGUAUUUUGUUUCUUAAAAUAACCUAACUUCAACGUUGAAGAGUAUACUGAACUAAUGUUUUUUCAGGAAAAUUUGUUUGUAGAAAUAGUGUUAAAAUAUAUAUUUUUAUGUUUUGGUACAUAUUUUAAGAUUAAAACUGUGAUAAAGAUGAUUUGUUAACUAUGUUUAGACUAAUUCAAUUAAAUGUCGAUAUUUUUUGUUUGCAACAGUGAACAAAAUCAACGUGGUGUAAUAAAUCCUCAUUAAAGUAUCUUGCAUAAGUGAAUUUGUUUUCAUACUCAUUAAUGAAUAAAAUAUCUGAAGUAGAA